ACAUUCUGGAAACAAAAUUCUAGGUUAGCUUGUGAUCGUUGCGAAACGACGUGGCCGAAUGUAUAUUUCGAGUGUCCUUAGCGCGUUCGUUUAUUCCCUAUUCGAUUAAAAUAAACGUCUCUAUGGGAAAACAAGUUCCUGUCUAAUUAAUUCGGCAAACAACUUCGUCAUUUCGUAAUUCGUGGGCGAGUUUUGUAUUUGAAAAAAUGCCACUUUUGAGGUUCGUUUGAGUUUUAUACUUAUCUCAGUCUCGCUCGAAAAUGAUUGAAAAAGUCGCGCAGUUCUCUCAGUUUAAGAGAAUCCUGCGGGAUUUUCCGCGCAACAUGAAGUUCUGCUUCGCCUACGGAUCUGGUACUUUCAAACAAACAAGUGAUCCGAAUGAGAACAUGUUGGAUUUAAUAUUUGUCGUGCGCAAUCCAAACCGAUGGCACGCGGAGAAUCUGAGUCGAAAUCCAAGUCACUAUGCUCAACCUCUUCGGUUCCUCGGUUACAAGGCGAUCACUAAACUGCAGGAGUCCUGGGGCGCGAAGGUUUACUAUAACACCCUGGUCAAAACGUCCGAGGGCCGGACAAUCAAGUAUGGAGUAAUUUCGGAAAUAUCGUUGGUAGAGGAUUUGUUGGAUUGGAACCUUUUGUAUCUCUCAGGAAGGUUGCACAAGCCGGUGCAGGUGCUGAUCGAGCCAGACGAAGAUUCCGAUUUGCGAACUGCUCUACUGCAAAACUUGCACUCGGCUGUGCAUGCAGCUCUACUUCUGCUUCCGGAGCAUUUCACGGAAACGGACUUUUACAGAACCAUCGCCGGUUUGUCGUAUAACGGGGAUUUUCGCAUGACUUUCGGGGAAGAUAAGAACAAGGUAAAGAAUAUCGUGAUACCGCAGUUGAAACAGUUUAGGGAACUUUAUGCGCCGAUAUUGAAGCAUUUCGAUAAGUAUGUGGAAAUUCCACAUUCGGAGGAUGCUGCGAUCAUGUGUAGACAGGAUACAGGCCCCUCGACUCGGAUACACCACUUGAAUCAGCUGCCCCGAGCCCCCCAAGUGAAGCUGGUUAGAGCCUGGUCCCUGGGACCGAGGUCGAAGGAUACUGAGGAUUGUUUACGAGCCCUCGCACACGAUCCAGAUUGUAGCGAAACUCUAGACCAGUGCCUCCGGGAAAUCGUCUGGAAGUCGAGCGUUUCUCAGAGCUUGAAGGGAAUUUUAACGGCUGGUCUUUACAAAUCCGUCAAGUACAGUUGGGCAAAGAUCGUCAAAAUGAUGUCGUCCAAUGAGCAGAAGAAGCAGCUACCAGCUGUCACUGCUGUUUCGGAUAAGGUCGAAAAAGUAGUUGAUUCCGUUGCCAAGAAAGAUAAGGAGAAAAGGGACCCGCCAAAACCAAUAGAACAGUAACU